AUGGAGGACUGGGAAACUGCACAAGAGACAAUAAAAGCAGAUAUCAGUCAACUAAAGGACCAAGUAGGUCAAAUCUUGGAGGCCUUGAAGUCCUUAAGGGCCUCAGGAGAAGCUUCAUCAGCAAAGGGUGAGAAAAGCACUCAUGACGCUCCUAUUGCUUUUCCAACAUACGGAUUGCCAUCGAGUUACACCCCACCUGUUGGAGAUUAUUCAGAGGCUGAACAUGCUUCCUUCUCAUUCCCAAUCAAUACUCCAAGGAAUGAAGGGACUACCUUUGCAGAACCACGAGUGACUGUAAUACCUAAGCCUUUAAACACAACUGUCGAUGAUGACUCUUUGGGCAAGAUUACACCACACCCUACUAUGCAGUCCGUAUUCGUUGAUGUUGAGGGAACCAAAACUAAGUUGGAAAUUUUGGAAGAACGAAUACGAGCUAUUGAGGGAGGUGGAAACUAUGGGUUUGGCGAUGUUGCAGGUUUAAGCUUAGUUCGUGAUGUAACAAUACCUCACAAGUUUAAGGUUCCGGAGUUCGAAAAGUACAAGGGUACCACAUGUCCUAGAAGCCAUCUAACCAUGUAUUAUCGAAAGAUGGCCGCCUAUGCUUACGAUGACAAAUUGUUGAUCCACUUCUUCCAAGACAGUUUGGUUGGGGCAGCAUUGAGUUGGUAUACCCACUUGGAGGCGUCUCGCAUUCGCUCUUGGAUGGAUUUGGUAGAUGCUUUUCUGAAACAGUACAAGUAUAACAUGGAUAUUGCGCCAGAUCGUUUGCAAUUGCAGAACAUAGCCAAAAGGGAUGCAGAAUCAUUUAAAGAGUAUGCCCAACGAUGGAGAGAGCUUGCUGCUCAAGUGGAGCCUCCUCUUCAUGAUAAAGAAAUGGUGGCAAUGUUUGUGAGCACGUUACAACCACCGUUCUAUGAACACAUGGUAGGGAAUGUAUCUUCAGUUUUCGCCGAUAUUAUCAUCAUAGGUGAAAGGAUAGAGAUCGGGCUGAAGAAUGGAAAGAUUGCAUAUAGCCCGCUCGCGGCUACAACUCCUAAAAGCCCGAUUUCAGGAUCCUAUCAAUCACAACACAAUAACACUUGGAAAAUUGAGGCUAACACAAAUCCCAACCAGUCUUUGGGGCAAAUCACUAGUCCUAGAAGGAAUCAAGAAAGGAAUUAUAUUCAUUUCACUCCUAUUCCUGUGACUUACACGGAGUUGUUGCCAGAUCUACUCCGUAAUGCUUUGGUAGCUAUCUGCCCGAUGAAGCCUUUGGAGCCACCAUACCCUAAGUAUUUUGAUGUAAAUGCCACAUGUGAUUAUCACGGGGGAGCCAUUGGUCACUCUACUGAGAAAUGUUUGUCUUACAAACACAAAGUUCAGGCAUUAAUCGACUCAGGGUGGUUAAAAUUUCAAGAGAAUAAACCCAACAUUAAGACCAAUCCCCUAUCUGGGCAUGAUAAUGCUUCAAUAAAUGCUAUUGAUCUCGAGGGACGCCAGUUGGUGAAGAAUGUGAGCGAAAUUAAGAGUUCACGAAGGUUUAUUUUUGAGACACUACUAACAGUAGGAUUAUUGGAAGGUGAAUAUAACUUAAGGGAUGCAUGCGGGUUCCAUCCAGGUGCUGAACAUUCCAUCGAGGCGUGCAAAAAGUUUGAAAAUUUUCUACAAAAAUUGAUCGACAAGAACUUCGUGCAAGUAUGUUGUGGGGACAAAGAUGACAAGAGGAGGCUGGUAGAAGAAAAGAAUGAGCUAGGCCUGGCUCGCAUAGAAGGACAAGAACGAAGAAAAGGGAAGAUUUGCAUCAGUGACAUCAAAGAGAGCUUCCGCAGUGUUAGAUGGAUUAACACUUGUCAGAUAUCACCCAUCGAGGAUGGAAAUGGAUUGGAAAGCUUAGACUUUGUGCGGUCCUGUCCUCCAGACAUAUAG